UUGGAAGGGCCCUGCGUCAGCCCACCUUUCUUACUGAAACCCAAGGCAGCUUACACAGUACAAGUGAUAUGUCAGGUCAAAGGAAGUGCCCAGACUGUGGCUCUUCGGAAAUAGUAGAGGAUUCUCACUAUGCUCAGAACCAACUGGUGUGUGCAGCCUGUGGCUUCAUUCUGACUGAAGGUCUCCUCACAACCACUUACACUGAUGAAGAGCAUUUGCAUGAGGUGACCUAUUCACGAAGUACUGGCCAGAAUGAACAGCUGAGCCGAUGUGUGCAAAGAGGGAUUGGGCGUGUCCGGGACCUCUGCAAAGUUCUUCAGCUUCCCUCUCUGUUUGAAGAUACAGCUGUGGCCUAUUACCAACAGGCAAUCAAACACUCCUCCUUCCGCCUGGUCAGCUUGGAGAAGAAGGAGAUACUGGUGGGCUGUUCUGUCUUUGUGACUUGCCGGCAGCACAACUGGCCCCUGACCAUGGGCUCCAUCUGCCUGCUACUCUAUGCAGAAAAGGAACUGUUUGCCAGGACCUACUUGCAGUUCUUGAAGGAACUGGCACUGGAUGUGCCAGCUCUGAGCUUGGUAGACCUGGUGAAAACUCAUCUUGGCAGCUUUAGGCUUUGCCAGGACUCAUCCAAUGUCCCAACCAAGUUUGUGGAGGAUAAGGAGAAACUGCUGGCUAGAACAAUCCAGAUAGUGGAGCUUGCCAGUGAGGCAUGGCUGGUGACUGGCCGGCACCCCAUCCCCAUAGUCACAGCAGCAGCCUACCUGGCUUGGCAGUCAUUAUGCCCUGCUGGUCGCCUCACUUGCAGUCUUUCUCAGUUCUGCAAGCUUGCUGGUGUAGACCUGCCACCACCAGCUCACCUGAGGUUGAAGGAGCUUCACGGUAUCCUCCUUAGGAUGGCAUCUAAGCUCAGCUGGUUGCAGGUGCUCAAGGUGAACAGGAAGAACGUGGCAAAAUACAUUGCAGACCUACUGCAGCAUCGCUGCCUACUCCUGCGGUCUGCCUUCCGCACAGGGGACUCUGCUGCAGAUGACCACUUAGGAGACGCAGCAGCAGCAGCACUACAGGCCACAGAAACAGAGAGGGAAGCAGAGAUGGGAAAGGCUUCUCUUACAGGAGAGAAGCACAAGUGCAGCAGUGAGCGGCCCCCGUUGCUCCCGCCCUGCCUCCUUAACCCCAGGAAGAAGCUGCGAACAACCGUUCCCUGCUCAGAGCUCUUGGUCACUGGAGACGAACCCAUUUUGGAUAGUGAAAUAGAGCAAUACCUUCGGACCCCAGAAGAAAGGGAGAGGUUCAGCAAAGCCCAAGCCUGCCUGUGAUGGUGAAGCUGCAGGGAUUCAGAGAGGCACGCAGCCACCAUCUUCUGGUCCGUAACUUAGUGUUCCAGAGCUGUUUCCAUCCCAGUUGUAGGAAUAGCUUGAUUGGGAGGGAGUGGCAUUGAAAUAACAUUUGAAAGCACGUGCUCAGGUGUGUGCACUGAUGGCUAUAGUUGCCAUCAGCGCAACUAUGUCCAUGACAUUAACUAUGACCAUGGAAACAACCAGGGCAUUGGUCUGUGCACGUGUUCUGUUCAGUUCUUGCAAGAUUAGCAUGGGAUGGCCUCAUGGUCAAGCACUUCCAGUGCUGCCAAAGUAAUGCAUAUACAUGUGGACAGGAAGCAGCAGCCUGUAAGAGUUCACUCUCUCUUCCUUCCCCUAUGUUGUCUUAACAGUAACUACUUCCGCUUGACUCUUCAACAAAGAGGGUGGAACGGAGCUUGAGAAAAAUACCACCACCUUGGGCUGCCUUUUUUGAAAGAAUGUUUGCUCUUUUUUCUCUUUCUCUCCAUAUAUCCACAUACACCUGCACAAACCCUGGUCUCUGGGGACUUUCAGCUGUCACAGGGAUGUUUUCUUUGCUCAUACUUGGCCCAUUGGCUCCUGUAUGUCACAGCAACCAACCCAAAAGAGGUCAUGAAUGGGCUUGUAAAUACUUUGAUUCACUGCAUUGCUCUGCUUGUGCUGCCCUACCCUCAUAUCUCUGGGGACUGGGGAAAGAAGAGGACCAAGUAUUUGCCUAGCAGUGAUACAUUGGACUCCCUGUUCCGUGGUUGGAAUUUUGAUGGCUCCAUAAAUCUGUUCACUGCUUUUUUAAAAAAUCUCUGGCACAGCACCUUUGCAGCCAGAUUUAAUAAAGGCCUGACUGACUUGACAGAU